AUGCCGCAUGUUCAGUCAUGUACUGACCUCCCUGAACAUGCUCAGCCGAAGAAGGCACCCGGCCUGAUUAACAUCGGGAAGCCUCGGUUGCAGUUGUCGCAGUUGAUCGAAGUCCGAACGGGUCAGGCACCCGUGAGUGCUGGCGAGCUGCCUCAACAGGAGCCGAGUUGUGCAAGUCUGCAGUGGCUGUCUGUGAAGGAUCCAUCACAAAGCUUGGCAGACCUGCGUGCACGUGGAACAGCGCUGCUGAAGGUUCAGCAUCCUGACCAAGCGGUCGCAAAGAAGCAUCGGAACCGAGGCCGCAAAGCUCGGGAAUCUAAGAUCGAGGCUGCAGAGUCUGGUGAUCAGGAGUCGGAAGCUAACGCUUGCGAGGGCCCUCUGUCUACAGGUUAUUUCGAGCGCAGUGAGACAGCGACAAGUUCGACGUGUAGCAGUAUGCCUACAGCACAGGCUGGACAGGACCGCAGCCUCUUUCCAGCUCCGCCCGGCCUGGAGAGGCCCAUUGGGUGGACGCUGCUGGAAUCGUUCCCGCCCCGGAACGAUGUCGUGUAG